CUCAUCACUAGCAUUUUGCAAUUAUGUGACCUAUUUCUGAUUCAGCUAGCAUUCUGCAUACACUCUUACAAAGAAACUUCCACUAUAUUACAUCACUUAUUCACUAACUUUUUUCAUUCUUCAAUCAUCUUCUUCAUCAUCAUCAUCAUCAAAUGUUACUAUCUCAUUCAAGAUUUCUAUCUCUUCUUCUGUUCAACUCUUUCUCUCUGUUCAUCUAUCACAUUGUACACAUUCCUGGUAAUGGCCUCUCAUUCUCAUAAUAAGCAUCAUUGUAGUGCUCAUACCAGGCAGUUCAUUAGCAAAUCUUCAUGUGUUGACAGAUCUGCAUUCAUCAAUGAUAGUGAACCUGAUGUUGAAUCAUUGAUUAAGAACUUGAAGAACAUGAUAAUGAAGAAAUUGCCUGUUCUAUGUGUGGCCAGGUCUUCUGCAUUUCUCCCUGUUCUCUCUGUUUCUUUCUCUGCUGUUCUCUCUCAAUCUUCUACACCUGCCCCUGUGUCUGGUUUUCCUGCUUCUACUACUUCUGUUCCUGUGACUCUCACUCUCACUACUUCUGCUCUCUCUGGUUUUACUGCCUCUGCUUUCAUUAUCAGCUCUCUCUUUUUCAAGGAGAUGUUGUGUAGGCUUAAUGAACCAUGUUUGUCAAGAAUUGUUCUUCUUCUUAACAGUAUGAAGAAUAUCUGUGUUUUCAGAAACAGAAAUAUGAAUGUUAUACUCUUUUACACUCACAGAUGUGAGGCUUUUGCUUCAGCAUCAGAGAUCAUUCUAAUCAAAGAUGAUAACACUGCAGAGACUACUCUCUCUCACUCUCAAGCUUCUCUCAUCACUUUCUCUUUCUUCUCUGUGAGAAAGAUUGU